CCUCCAACAGGUGCAACAGCAGUGAUGCGCUCCUCGAGAGCUCUACGAUUAUUGCGAGCCCGUCCAACGACAUCACACGGCUUUUGUCGCGGGGCACCAAGGCCGCAGGUCAUUCGACAUGGCUAUUGUACCUCGUGCGAGACGCCAGCUGCGGCCGACAGCAAGGCCAAACCCACCAGCAAUCCCCUAACUGACCAUCGACACCUGGGCGUCGAGCAGGAACUCUUCACGACUUCCGUAUACAGCCCUGGGUCGCCUCUUUUUCUGCCAAAAGGCGCUCGGAUGUUCAAUAAGUUGACCAAUUUUCUGCGAGCACAAUACGAACAUUUCGGAUUUCAGGAAGUUAUUACGCCUACGAUCUACAAGAAGUCAUUAUGGGAGAAAUCAGGACACUGGGAGAACUAUGCCGACGAUAUGUAUUCUGUCACAGGCCGGGGAGCAGCAGGCGAAAAAGAAGGGCGGCAGGCCGGUGAGGACGAGGAGUACGGGUUGAAACCCAUGAAUUGCCCAGGUCAUUGUCUUCUUUUUGCAUCGAAGCAACGAAGUUAUCGAGAGUUACCUAUACGGUAUGCCGAUUUCAGUCCAUUGCAUCGGAACGAAAUAUCCGGCGCUUUGAGUGGGUUGACGAGGGUCAGGAGGUUUCACCAGGAUGACGGGCAUAUAUUUUGUCGGCCUUCGCAGAUUCGUGAGGAGAUAUCAAGGACUUUGGAUUUUGUGAAGUUAACAUACGAUGUACUCGGCCUUGGUCCAUAUAGAUUGGCUUUGUCUACGCGUCCGAAGGACCAAUUCAUUGGGACGCUCGAGGAGUGGGACAACGCGGAAGAGGCUCUGAAGCAGUCAUUAGAUGCGAGUAACCUGAAAUGGACUCUGAAUGAGGGCGAUGGUGCUUUCUAUGGUCCAAAGAUUGAUAUAAUUUUACAAGAUUCAGACGGGAAGGAGCACCAGACUGCUACGAUACAGCUCGACUUUCAGCUCCCAAAGCGCUUUGAACUUGAGUAUCAAGCGCCAGCCCCAGAACUCGAGAAAAAGGGACUGACAUCGGCGGACCCGGAUCAUUCGCAAGGUUCAGCCACACCAGUUCUCAUACAUCGAGCUGUUUUGGGCUCCGUCGAAAGAAUCAUGGCGCUCUUGAUUGAGAAUUACCAUUCAAGAUGGCCUUUCUGGUUAAAUCCGCGUCAGGUUAUCAUACUCACCAUUAACGAUGAUGAAAAAAUUGUCAAGUGGGCUCGCCAUGCUGCGCGGGUCAUCAGCGGAUACGAUACCCAAUACACGCAGGAAGAUUUCUCCGAAGCCGAAAUCAAGGCCAGCCAUUUCCACGGGUCCUCGAUCUCAGUUGAUGUUGAUGAUAGUGCUCGAUCGCUGGGUAAAAAGCUAUCCGAGGCAAAGAGAAAACGAUAUGGUGUCAUUGCAAUCGUUGGCAAAGACAACCUUAACAUGCUGAACGUCACUGUUGACAUGACUGGAAUUUCGGAUCGUCGCGAUCUUAUUCGCAAUAAUGAAAUUCUUCGGACAGAGGUGGAACGGGAGAAGACGCGCAAGAAGGUGGAGGUGGAGGAGAAGAGGGGCCCUUCACCACCCCUGGAGGCGGCGGAUCUCAAAAAGCUUACGAUAUCCCCCUUAAAGUUGAGGCAGGUGCUGGCCAGCCUAGAGGAGUCCUUUCUCUGAAUGUACAAAUACUUGUUGUGGACUAUAGAUCUGUAAAAUAUAUGUAUUCCAUCCGAGCUGCAUGCUUCAGGGAAACCCAUUGCCACUUUUCCAUGUCGACUGUUCGAUGCUGACUAUGUACCUCACGAGCAAAUCAAGACUCCUCUGACUCCCAAG